AUGACUUUUUCUAGGCUAACCAGGCUUAUGGUUCAGUCGAAAAACAUCACUAAACAUGAUAAGAAGAUCCAACGAAGAACGGCAACUACCACUCCUACGGGGGCAAUUUUACCUGAACCCGAGAAAACUCCUUUCGGUCUUCUGAGUAUUGUGGCUGCUGUUAUUCCAGGCCUGCUGAUCGGAGCGGCCAUAAGCAAAAGUAUCGCUAAUUUCUUAGAAGAAAACGAACUCUUCGUGCCUUCUGACGACGAUGACGAUGAUGACUAA